AUGACUAACAAAUCACUUAUGCUUCUGAGCCUGCUGGCUCCUCACUGCAUGUUUAUAAAUGGAAAAACAACAUGUAAAUGGCAAUUGGUGGAAGAAUGGCAGGCACAACCCUCAUCAUAUGUGGUGAACUGGGCACUAACAGAAAACAUUUGCAUGGACGCCUAUGGAGAUGGCUGGUUUGAGGACAUAAAUACUAAAAUGUGUACUUCAGGCAAUCUAGCUGUCCCCCAGAUUUGCCCUUUGCAGAUUCAAUGAGGAGACAACCUUCUAAUUUCUUCUGAACCAUCUCUUCACUCUCCAGAACUAAAUUUGAUGAAUGUUUCUGAAGCAUCCUUCAUUGACUGUCUGCAGAAUACCACAGCUGAAGAGCAGUUACUUUUCAGUUGCAAACUAAAAGGAAUGCACACUGUUAACUCUCAGUGGCUGACUGUUGGGACACAUUAUUUUAUUACAGUAAUGGCAAGUGGUCCAUCGCUUUGUCAACAGGGACUUCGACUAAAUGUGACAGUGAAAGAGCAGUUCUGCCAGGAAUAUCUGAGUUCAGAAUAUUGCUCUGGGCAUGGUAAACGUCUUACUGAAAUUUGGAGCAAGACAUACAACUGUCAUUGUGAGACUCCAUUUUCUGGAAAAUACUGCCAGGAAGUUGAUGCAUGUUCUUAUAAACCCUGUAAAAAUAAUGGCAGUUGCAUUAAUAAAAUAGAAAAAUGGAAUGAGCAAGGAUAUGAAUGUAUCUGUCCCCCACCAUUUUGA